AUGGCUGUACAGAACCCUAACAAUUGGCAUUGGGUCGAUAAGAAUUGUAUGAGAUGGGCCCGUGAAUAUUUUGAAAGUAAAUUAAUUGGUUUAGAGACCAAUGAUGCAUCAUCUUCAACUACUCAAUAUGUCAAGAUUAAGAAUAUAUCUUCGUUUGAAGGUGAUUGUGAAGUUAGUCAACGUAAGGGUAAAGUCAUUUCUUUAUUCGAUUUACAAAUGGUAGUAUUGUUUGAAGGACAUGUUAAUAGUCAUGAAUUGGAAGGUAGUAUAAGUAUACCUGAGAUUUCAUUUGAUAGUGAGCGUGAGGAAUAUCAAUUUGAUAUUUCUAUCUAUAAGGAGACCAGUGAAUUGAAUGAGGUGAAACCUAUCAUUAGAGAAAAAUUAUUACCUCAAAUGAGAGAUAUCUUUCAACAAUUUGGUAAAGAUUUAUUAGCUGCACAAGGUAAUGAUAUUCAAGUACCAGAAAAUCAAGUGAAUUCGCAAUUCACAAAGGCUAAUCAGCAACAGAUCCCAACUUCCAGUACUACUGUAAGUACUACUACUAGCAGCGUACCAAAGGAUGUAAAAAAACAAACCACGUCAACUACAACGAGUGCAGUUACAACUACUAAUAGUGGCGAUGCAAACCGUACUACGAUCCAUUUGGAACCAUCUUUUAUUGUCCCUGCCACAGAGAUAUACUCUACAUUUAUAGAUAAGGACCGUAUCAUGGCGUUCACCAGAGGUAGUGUACGUGUUACCAAGAGUAAAGAUUCUAAUUCUAAGAAAUUAGUCGUCGGUGAUCAAUUUGAAUUAUUUGAUGGAAAUAUUGCGAGUGAAUUGAUUGAAGCAAACUCAGAUAAAUCGCUGACUUUCAAGUGGCGUUUAAGUGAAUGGCCAACAAAAGUUUGGUCUACUUUACAAAUGACAUUCCAUGAAUCAAAGGAAUAUCAUGAGACUAAAGUCCAAGUCGCAUGGAGUGGUAUUCCAGUUGGCGAAGAGGAUCGUGUCCGUAACAACUUUGAGAAUUACUAUGUGAGACCUAUUAAAUUAACUUUUGGUUUUGGUGUUGUAUUAUAG